GUGCCAACAACAGUGACACAAUGAAGCUACUUUCAAGAAUACUGAUACUGACCUGUUUGUCUGUGGCUUUAACAAGACAAGUCGACAGAAGCAACUCGAAAUCCAGAUUCAAUCAAUAUCAGACAUGGAAUACAAAACGGUUUCCAGUGUGGAAAGAUGGAGACCCACGCUACAAAAACAGCUGGACAGGUGGUCAACUGAAGUUUGAUGUGGGAAAUGAUGCACCCACUUUGACUGGUGCCAAAAUCAACUUCACCAUUGACAUUGUGUUCCCUCACAACCAGAAGGUCCUGCCAGAUGGACAGGUUGUUUGGGCCAAAAACUGCACAAUAAAUGGCACACAGUUCCACGAGGGUGAGCCUGUCUAUCCUGAGGAGAACUCUGUAGAUGAAUGGAACGCUGUGUUCCCUAAUGCUCCUCUCCUGUCUAGACAAGGGGACAAGCAACCUCCAUAUGUGUUUGUGUGGAAAACCUGGGGUAAAUACUGGCAAGCGUGCGACGGCCCUUCCUCAUCAUUAACCAUCAGAACUGAUGACGUUCCUCUUGGCUCUUACAUGAUGGAUGUUGUCAUUUAUCACUACAGGCAAAAAGAGAAAUUCAUCCCUAUUGGAUAUGCAUCCACACAGUUCAGUAUCACCGACCAGAUUCCCUUUGCGGUUUCCCUAACGCAGGUGAAUGACAAAGAUGAAGGUGAUCGGAAAUUCAUCCAGAACAGAGCAGUGGCCUUCAGCAUCACCCUUCACGACCUCAGCCAAUACCUGAGCAAAUCAGACGUGAUUUUUAACUGGAACUUCGGGGAUGGCAGUGGCACUGUCAUCUCCAGGGAACUCACCGUCACACAUACCUACAUUGCAGCUGGAGCUUUCAAGCCCCAAGUUGUCGUACAAGCAGCUAUUCCGGAUUCAUCUUGUGCCACUCCACCAAACCUUCCCACUGAGGCCCGUCCCACCACCAACACCCUCACCUCUGAGAGCCCCAUCCGCCUGAAUGAACACAUCACUGCAGAUCAUGCUACCAGUAAGUCUUCAGCUCCCAUUCAGAAAUCCACACCUGCAUCUACAAUGAAAACUAUUCCACCCGCACCUACAAAUGGAGUUCCAACAAGAUCCAGCCUUGAGAAGGUCUUUGAUCUUAGAUCUGCAUCUGAGAUGUCUGAAAUGAUGAAUACUGCAACAAAGACAACACUGAGGGCAACUGCCGCUGACAGGGAGGCAACGGCGGAGGAAGACUACAUUGAAGACCAGGCCCAUGUAUCAAUAAUAAAGCGUCAGGCUCCAAACACAAAUGACUGUGUGAUUUACCGCUAUGGAUCCUUCUCAACUAAUAUUUAGAUUAUUGAGGGCAUUGAGAGUGUGCAGAUCGUCCAGGUGGCUGUACCUGAUGGUUUUCUGCUAACAGAAAUGGAGCAGAAUGCUGUUGAUUUCACCGUUUCCUGCCAAGGAAGCCUCCCCACUGAAGUGUGUACUGUAGUAUCAGAUGCUGACUGCCAUGUGCCAGUUAUGACCAUCUGCAAUGCUGUUAGCCCCUCCUCAGACUGCCAACUCAUCCUCCGACACUACUUCAAUGACUCUGGGAUCUUCUGUGUCAACGUGUCAAUGACAAAUGAUGUCAGUUUGGCAUUCACAAAUGCCAGGGUUAAUAUUAACAUAGAAGGUUCCAGGUUGACAUUUGCAGGUGCCGCUGCCCUUUUGUUGGGCAUCCUGACCAUCAUAUCAGCAAUAGGUGCUGUGGCUUUUGCAUAUAAGCGUCUUAAAGGGUAUCAAAGGCUGACUGAGGAUGCUGCUGCAUGCCAAUCCAAAGACACUGGCGUGAGCUCAAUGCCAGUGCUCUUCUGGAGUCUGAUGAACCAGCAGACGGCAGAUCAGAAAAAAGGAGUAGUGUGAAUUUUCCUUUAAAACCUUCAAAAUUCAAAUUUAAAGUUACAUUAGCACUAUGUUGAAUAGCGUAAAAGCAUCUAACCCAUUUUUUUACUCUUUAAUAUUUGAAUUGAGAUUUUGUAUUCUUUUAUACACAUUUGAACCCAAAUCCUUUUUCUACAAAGGCAUGUUUUUAAUUACAUUACAUAGAAUUCUGUACUGUAAUUUUUAUUUUGAAGAAAAA